GGAACAAAGCGGGGGCGGCGCAGCCCCUCCGGCCCGCUGCAGCGCCACACGAGCACGGUCAGAAGAGGAAUGGAUGUAACAUGAUAUCCUUGGAGUGCUCAAAACACGCAAAUUCUUCAAAGAUUUGCUUUUUGGUUAAGUAAUACAAAGAAAAUGGAUGAAUCAGCUUUGCUGGAUCUGUUGGAGUGUCCUGUUUGCUUAGAACGCCUUGAUGCUUCUGCAAAAGUCUUGCCUUGCCAACACACAUUUUGUAAACGCUGUCUGCUGGGCAUUGUGAGCUCUCGAAAUGAGCUUCGCUGCCCAGAGUGCAGGACGUUAGUGGAUUGCAGUGUUGAUGAACUUCCCAGUAAUAUUUUGCUUGUAAGACUACUGGAUGGCAUCAAACAGAGGCCUCGAAAACCUGGCACUGGUGGUGGGACUGGUAGCACAAAUCCUUUGAGGGUCACCAUCAACACUGUAGCUAAUUGUGGAUCAAAGGACCUGCAGAGCUCUCAAGUUGGACAGCAGCAAAGGGUGCAAGCACGGAGCCCUCCUGUUAGGGGUGUACCUCAGUUACCAUGUGCCAAAGCAUUGUAUAACUACGAGGGAAAAGAACCUGGAGAUCUUAAAUUCAGUAAAGGAGACAUCAUCAUUUUGCGUCGACAGGUGGAUGAAAAUUGGUAUCAUGGCGAAGUCAAUGGCAUCCAUGGCUUUUUUCCUACCAAUUUUGUUCAGAUUAUUAAACCUUUACCUCAACCUCCGCCUCAGUGCAAAGCACUUUAUGACUUUGAAGUAAAAGACAAGGAAGCAGAUAAAGACUGUUUACCAUUUGCAAAGGAUGAUGUUCUGACAGUAAUUCGCCGUGUGGAUGAAAACUGGGCAGAAGGAAUGCUGGCUGACAAGAUAGGAAUAUUUCCAAUUUCAUAUGUUGAGUUUAACACAGCAGCCAAACAGCUGAUAGAAUUGGAUAAGCCCUCAGGUUCUGCUGUUGACUGUGGAGAAGGUACCUCUGGGGCAGCCCACAACAAUUCAACCCAAAAGCACACCGAUACUAAGAAAAACACCAAAAAACGGCACUCUUUUACCUCCCUCACUAUGUCCAACAAGUCUUCACAGUCUUCUCAGAAUCGCCACUCAAUGGAAAUUAGUCCUCCUGUCCUCAUUAGCUCCAGCAACCCAACCGCAGCAGCCCGCAUAAGUGAGCUGACGGGACUUUCCUGUAGUGCCCCUUCUCAGGUUCAUAUCGGUACUACAGGGCUAAUUGUGACUCCACCCCCUAGCAGCCCAGUCACAACAGGGCCUUCAUUUACCUUCCCAUCUGAAGUUACCUACCAAGCUGCUCUUGGUAAUAUGAAUCCCCCACUUCCGCCACCACCUCUCUUGCCUGCUGCAAUCAUUGCAUCGGCCUCUUCUGGACCUCAGUCUGCAGGUGUAAUACAAAGGCCUACAUCAGGAUCAACUGACCAAAUGGCACAUUUACGACCACAAACUCGUCCAAGUGUGUAUAUUGCUAUAUACCCUUACACUCCUCGAAAAGAAGAUGAACUGGAACUGCGGAAGGGAGAAAUGUUCUUAGUGUUUGAACGCUGUCAAGAUGGCUGGUUCAAGGGAACUUCCAUGCAUACAAGCAAGAUUGGUGUUUUUCCUGGAAAUUAUGUGGCUCCAGUUACAAGGACAGUGACAAGUGCAUCACAAACAAAAGUUCCCAUGUCUACCGCUGGCCAAACGGGACGAGUGGUAACUAUGGUCAGCCCUUCCACUGCUAGUGGAACAUCUCAGAAGCUCCAAGGGAAUGGUGUGGCAGUGAACUCCAGCGCAGUACCCACAGCUGUGGUUUCUGCAGCGCAUAUCCAAACUAGUCCGCAAACCAAGGUCCUUAUGCACGUGACAGGACAAAUGACAGUCAACCAGGCUCGCAAUGCAGUUAGAACAGUUGCCGCGCACAGUCAAGAAAGACCUACAGCAGCAGUCACACCCAUACAAGCACAGAGUCCAACAUGCCUUAUUCCUGCAGCUGUGAUCAUUCCGCACCACUCUGUUGCCUCCCAGCAGCUCCAGCCCCAGCUUCCAAAUACUGCUGCUUACGUCACGGCUGUGAAUGUGAACCGCUCAACCAUCCCACUGGCAUGUGCAGCAGCUUCUUUGAAUUCUCCCAACGUUGCUGCUUCAUCUUUGGAGGGAGAUAUUAGUGGAAGAACUGUAAACACUCACCCUGGAGCUCCUGCAUCUCCAGAGAGUGCUUUAGCAGCUGGUGGAAAUGCUGCUGUCAGUAAAGCAGACAAGGAUGGCAAGAAAGAAAAAAAAGGUUUGCUGAAACUGCUUUCUGGAGCAUCCACUAAACGCAAGCCCCGAUUGUCACCUCCAGCAUCACCAACGCUGGAGGCUGAGCAAGCAGCCGCAGAGUUAGCCCUGCAAGGUGCAGUUGGGCCAGAGGUUCCAUCAGCAGGCGGUCACGGCAAAGCUGGAUCCUGUCCCACCGACAGUGAGGUCUCUGGGCUGGCACAGGAGACGCUGCAUCGGAAAACAAGUUCCCUGGAUUCCUCUAUUCCAAUAGCGCCGCCGCCUCGGCAGCCUUGCUCAUCACUGGGUCCGGUCCUGAAUGAAUCCAGGCCUCUUGUCUGUGAAAGGUACAGGGUUGUGGUAUCCUAUCCUCCUCAGAGUGAAGCAGAACUUGAACUUAAGGAAGGUGACAUUGUUUUUGUACACAAAAAACGUGAAGAUGGCUGGUUCAAAGGCACUCUGCAACGAAAUGGAAAAACUGGCCUUUUCCCCGGCAGCUUUGUAGAGAACAUUUGAGAAGAUUCAUUCCAAGAGCUUCAAAUCAUACUGUACUGUAAAAUAGCACAAAUAUUUUACCAGAAAAAGCACAGUCAUGAAAUAUUUUCAAAUGACUGUAAUGUAAACAAAAAUCUACAUAUUUUUACAGUGUCUAUAGCACAAUUACACCAGCGAACAAAGAAGAUGAAGGCAUCUGCUGGUUUUAUCACUUUGGAUUCUUAAGUGUGAUGUGUGCCUUGUACUGUCUGAUUUAUUAUAUAGAGGAACUUUUUUUUCCCCCAAUUAUGUUACAUAAAUGAACAAUUGUUUAC